AUGGCACAGGAGCAGGGCCACCACAUAAACAAGACUUCUCUGCCAAUGGGGGACGAUGAAAAGAAUAAACAGCCAGAAGAAGCACAGAGGGUGGGGUCGGACAUGAUUUACACCAUCGAAGACGUCCCACCGUGGUACCUGUGUAUUCUACUGGGACUACAGCAUUACCUGACAUGUUUCAGCGGAACGGUAGCAGUACCGUUUCUGCUGGCCGAGGCCAUGUGUGUCGGUCGAGACCAGAACACCAUCAGUCAGCUGAUUGGAACCAUUUUCACAACUGUUGGACUCACAACUCUGAUCCAGACCACUGUGGGAGUCAGACUUCCUCUGUUUCAGGCCAGUGCAUUUGCUUUCUUGAUUCCUGCACAAGCCAUCCUCAGCUUGGACCGCUGGACGUGUCCCAGUGAGGAUGAGAUUUAUGGGAACUCGAGUCUUCCACUGGACACCACACACAUCUGGCAGCCACGCAUCCGAGAGAUCCAGGGGGCCAUCAUCGUUUCCAGUAUUGUGGAGCUUGUGAUUGGUCUGUGUGGGUUGCCAGGUUUGCUGCUGGAGUACAUCGGCCCACUCACCGUCACUCCAACUGUCUCACUGAUCGGCCUGUCUGUGUUCACCACAGCUGGAGAUAGAGCCGGGUCUCAUUGGGGCCUGUCAGCACUGUGUAUUUUGCUCAUUGUGCUGUUUGCACAGUACCUUAAAACGACAUCACUUCCUGUUCCUGUCUACAGCAGGAAGAAAGGACUGACCUCCACCAGAGUCCAGAUCUUCAAAAUGUUUCCUAUCAUCCUCGCCAUCAUGCUGGUUUGGCUCAUUUGCUAUAUUCUCACUUUGACCAACCUGUUGCCGAGAGACCCCGAUCUGUAUGGACAUAAGGCCCGGACCGAUGCACGCGGUGACAUCAUGACUUCAUCACCCUGGUUCAGAGUGCCCUACCCCUGCCAGUGGGGGUUGCCAGUGGUAACGGUUGCUGGGGUGAUGGGAAUGCUGAGCGCUACCAUGGCAGGCAUCGUAGAGUCAAUAGGUGAUUACUAUGCCUGCGCUCGUCUGUCUGGAGCUACACCCCCUCCAGUCCAUGCCAUCAACAGGGGAAUCUUCACAGAGGGUGUCUGCUGCAUCAUUGCCGGCCUUUUAGGGACAGGAAAUGGCUCCACCUCCUCUAGUCCAAAUAUCGGUGUUCUGGGCAUCACCAAGGUGGGCAGCAGGCGGGUGGUGCAGUACGGAGCAGGCAUCAUGUUCCUGUUGGGAUCAGUCGGGAAGUUCACGGCUCUGUUUGCCUCACUGCCGGAUCCGAUCCUCGGAGGAAUGUUCUGCACAUUGUUUGGUAUGAUCACAGCUGUCGGUCUGUCUAACCUGCAACUGGUAGACUUGAACUCGUCCAGAAAUCUUUUUGUUCUCGGGUUCUCGAUGUUCUUCGGUCUGACUCUGCCGACGUACAUGGACGCACACCCCAACUCCAUCAGCACAGGUCUUGCAGAACUGGAUCAGAUUCUGACUGUUCUUCUGUCCACUGAGAUGUUUGUUGGAGGUUUUCUGGCUUUUUGUCUCGACAACACAAUACCAGGCUCAAGAGAGGAGCGAGGUUUAGUUGAAUGGAGGUCCUCGUCCUCCUCUUCCUCCUAUGAUCUUCCUCUGGGGAUGGGUGUGAUCAGGCGGACUCGCUGGCUCAGAUGGUUUCCCAUCAGCCCCACCUUCACAGGUUUCCGGGCGUCUGACAACCCACCGCCGCCUGAGAAGGAAGAGGAAGAGGAAGAAGAAGCUGCUGACGUCAACCUGCCCAGUACCAAGGUGUGA